ACGAGUUUUUCUUUUCCGGCACUUCAUUCAUAGAAGUUCGUUUGAUGAUUCAAAGUCGCUUUGUUGUUGCGUUUAUUUGCUGGUUAACUCGAUUACUUACGAAGAACGUAUGUAAUGUGACCUAUUGAUUAAAAACGCGUGUGCUUAUCUGUGAUAAAUUAAAUACGUCGCGAUGUUUCCGAAAAGUGUGAUUAGUGAAGUUUGAGUGUACAGAAAAUGGGUUUGAUAACUUCGAGGGAGCAGACGAUGUUGGACGGUACGGGUGCGCCUGGAAAGAGUAACCAUGUCCGGCAGGCUUCCACGAGGAGCCGCACGAAGCCACCGAUGCCGGACAGAGAUGAGCUGGAGAACCGUUUCGUCAAAGUCUUGGCCUCGAUGGAUCUGCCUCCCGACAAAGCUAAACUCCUCCGGAAUUACGACCUGGAGAAGAAGUGGGAGAUCAUCUGUGACCAAGAUAUGGUGCAGGCGAAGGAUUCACCGACACACUACCUCAACAAGCUUCGCACAUACCUCGACCCUAAAGCUUCGAGGAGUCAUCGAAAAAGGAAAAUGGUCGGUGAUUCAACAUCAACGCAGGUACUCAGAGAUCUGGAGAUUUCACUACGAACGAAUCACAUAGAAUGGGUGCGAGAGUUCCUCAACGAACAGAACCAAGGAUUGGAUGUGCUGAUAGACUACCUUAGCUUCAGGUUAAGCAUGAUGAGGCACGAGCAGAGGAUAGCUCUCGCCAGGAGCCAGUCCAGCGAUGGAAUCAAUCAAAUAAACACAACAACAUCGGAAUGCAGCGGACCCACAGAGGCGGGUUCCACUUUGAACUCCACUUGGAGGAGGAGAGCCCGAAGCGCCGACUCGGAGAUCGAGGGCGCGGCCAGCCCGGCCGUCGCCAGGCGGAGGACGAGGCACGCGGCCAGACUCAACAUGGGGGCUUCCACGGACGACAUACACGUCUGCAUCAUGUGCAUGAGGGCCAUUAUGAAUAAUAAGUAUGGCUUCAAUAUGGUGAUCCAACACAGAGAAGCGAUAAACAGCAUCGCCCUCUCCCUGGUCCACCACUCGCUGCGGACCAAAGCCUUGGUGCUGGAGCUAUUGGCGGCCAUCUGCCUAGUGAAGGGCGGUCACCAGAUCAUACUGUCCGCUUUCGAUAACUUCAAGGAGGUUAUGGGGGAGCCCAGGAGGUUUCACACGCUCAUGGAGUACUUCAUGAAUUACGAUGCGUUUCACAUUGAAUUCAUGGUCGCGUGCAUGCAGUUCGUGAACAUUAUCGUGCACUCAGUCGAGGAUAUGAAUUUCAGAGUGCAUCUACAGUAUGAGUUUACCGCGCUCAAGCUCGACGACUAUCUGGAGAGGCUGAGGCUGUGCGAGAGCGACGACCUACAGGUUCAAAUCUCGGCGUAUCUAGAUAACGUGUUUGAUGUCGCCGCCCUCAUGGAGGACAGCGAGACCAAAACUGCCGCCCUCGAGAAGGUCAACGAACUGGAGGACGAACUAGGACACGCUCACGAGCGGAUGGCGGCGCUGGAGCGGGAGGCCAUUGCUAAGCUGGCGACACUGGAGGCCGAGCUGGCGCAGGUGAAGCACGAACGAGACCAGCUCGCCGAAGCCAGGAGGCAGGUUGUCGAAGAGGUGUCCACGUUGAGAAGAGCCCAGCAGGACUCUCGGAACAGACAGUCGAUGCUGGAGUCCAAGGUGCAGGAACUCGAGUCGCUCACCAAGUCGCUACCUCGAGGAGCCUCCAUGGGUGCUAUAUCGUCACACGCGAUGUGCAACGGCAUUAGUAACGGUCACGUGUCCCCACCUCCCCCCCCGCCGGCGCCCUCCCUGCCCAACGGCGACCACAAACCCAGUCCCCCACCGCCGCCCCCACCGGCGCCCGCGCCUCCGCCCGCGGCCCCGUGCCCGCCCCCGCCGCCACCCCCUCCCCUGAUAAGUUCCGUUCCGCCACCCCCCGCGCCCCCGGCCCCUGGACUCAUGGCCCCGCCGCACCACACCGACGCAAUGACCAUCAAGAGGAAGGUGGACACUAAAUAUAAAUUGCCUACAUUGAACUGGGUCGCACUGAAACCUAAUCAGGUCCGCGGCACGAUCUUCAACGAGCUGGACGAGGAGCGUCCGCGGCGCCGCAUCAACUUCGCCGAGUUCGAGGAGAGGUUCCGGCUGGGCGGCGCCGGGCCCGCGCUGCUCGCCGACACGGACUCGCUCGCCUCCUUCCCCAGCAAGCGCUUCCGGAGGCCGGACACGCUCUCGCUGCUCGAACACACCAGGCUCCGGAAUAUUGCUAUUUCCAGAAGGAAACUCGACAUCCCAGUCGAGAGAGUAAUAUCAGCUGUCAACAACCUCGAUUUGAAACAACUCCCGCUGGAGAGCGUGGAGAUAUUGCAGCGCAUGGUCCCCACCGAGGCCGAACAGAAGGCGUACAAGGAAUACGUGGCCGAGAAGAAGAACAUCAACUUGCUGACCGAGGAAGACAAGUUCUUGAUGCAGCUGGCUAAGGUCGAGCGCAUAUCCGCGAAGCUCUCGAUAAUGAGCUACAUGGGCAACUUCUUCGACAACAUCCACCUGAUCACGCCCCAGAUCCACGCGAUCAUAUCCGGCUCGUCGUCGGUCAAGUCCUCGCAGAAGCUGAGGAACGUUCUAGAAAUCAUCCUGGCGUUCGGCAACUAUUUGAACAGCAGCAAACGCGGCCCCGCCUACGGCUUCAAGCUGCAGUCCCUGGACACUUUGAUGGAUACGAAAUCCACGGACAAGAGGAUAUCGUUGCUGCACUACAUCGUGGCGACCGUGAGGCAGAACUUCCCGGAGCUGAUGAACUUCGACACUGAGUUGCUGUACAUCGAUAAAGCGGCCCAAGUGUCGCUGGAGAACGUGGUGGGGGACGUGUGCGAGCUGGAGCGCGGCAUGGAGGCGGUGCGGCGCGAGUGCGAGCGCGCGCACGGGCACGUGCUGCGGGACUUCCUCAACAACGCCGCCGACAAGCUGCGGAGGCUGCGCGCCGAGACCAAGCACGCGCAGGACUCGUUCGCGUCGUGCGUGGAGUACUUCGGCGAGGCGCCCCGGGGCUGCGACGCGAACGCUUUCUUUUCGCUGCUCGUUCGUUUCACGAGGGCGUUCAAGCAAGCCGACGCGGAGAACGAGCAACGCCGACGGCUAGAACAAGCCGCCCAGGCCGACAACGCCGAUCCAAACAAAUCUAAGCAAGCCCAGAAAAAGCAACAGGAUGCUGUAAUCAACGAAUUAAAAACGAAAUCACAAGCCGUCGGCGAAAAGAAGCUGCUUCACCAGGACGAAGUGUACAACGGAGCUUUAGAGGACAUAUUGCACGGACUCCGGAGCGAACCGUACAGACGAGCUGACGCCGUUCGGCGCUCGCAUCGCCGCCGCAUCAACUCGCACCGACUCUCUAAAGGACUCGACGAACUGGACGUAUGAUACGAGCCCCCCUCCAGCCAACCGCUGGACUCGCACGUACUAAACGCCGUCAGGUUGAUCAACGCGCGCAGCAACGACAGCACGCAAUGUAAAAAACGCAAAGAUCUCGAAAUGGUGCACAAAAAACAUUCGAUCGCGAUUUACAAUAUCGAGGACGACGUCGGUGAUUUUUCUACUAAUAUGGUAGAUUCUGUCCACGCUGGCAACACGGCGCGGCGGUCGCGGUCCUCGUACCGAGUGGCGCCCAGCGACUGCGAGGUAGAGGAGCGCUGCGAACUCAUCAAAUCCACUUACGAAGUUAUCUCGAAGUACACCCGAGCUAUGUUCGACAAACAACACGAAACCGUAGUUUGAGCGAUGCGCCCGCAAUUUUUUAUUCCUAUUUUAAAACUGCCUCAAAAGUCUGAGCACGUAAAUCGUAUUCGAUUGAACGGAGAGUGUGACCAGACCAAAAAGAGAAUAGUGCAAAAUACGUACGUAACCUUUUGAGAUUUGAUACGCCCAUUUCCAUUCCAAACCACGCGUUAGACAGCGAUCAGUAUUUUGCUACAAAAAACUUUACACACGUUUUUUAAAUUAAUUUACGAAGCUUAGCUUAGCUUAGUAUUUAAAAAACCGGAGUUUUGUUCAUCAGACAUGGCGUGGAUGAGCAGAAUCCAGAUAAAAAUCUAAUUAGUAAAAAAAAUACAAGAAUAGUUCGUAGUGGAAAAUGGAAAAUCGAUAUGGCUUUAGUCUGUCGGCUCUAAACACUUAAUUUAUUAGGCAAUAUAACUGUUAUCAACAUAUUACGCACAUACAUAGGUAUAAUGUCACUUAUGCGAUUCUUAUCAAAACUGAAUAGAGUUUGAGAAAAUCCAUUUUGUAAUAGCUAUUAUUGAAAUGUUUAGUUCUAUAUAGUUACAACGGCUUCACGGCAGAAAUAGGCAGGGUGGUGGUACCUACCCGUCCGGACACGCAAGAGGUCCUACCACUACUAAACUGAAACUAUACUGAGAACUUAUAUCUCAAGGUCGUUGGCGCAUUUACAUUGUAGAUGUCUAUGGGCUCCAGUAACCAUUUAACACCAGGUGGGCUGUGAGCUCUCCACCCAUCUAAGCAAUAAAAAAAGUUAGCUUUUUAUAAUAACGUUCAAAGUUGUAGUUUAAAUAUUAUCAUUUUAUUUUAUCAUUUAUUUUCUUUAGUCGAGAAGAACUAUGUAAUUUUAUUAAGAUGUUGAAUUUUCCAAACGCUUCUCAUGAAAAAUUGCAUAAUUUGCAUAAGUGAUGUUAUAGCACCGUAUGUGCGAUAAGUGAUAAUAUUUGUUGGUAUCAUCAAAGGAAAACCACCCACUGUAUCGCCAUGAUGUCUUAUGUAUCCACAAAAUGUGGUCUACCCCAAGAGAUUCCAGUUUGAACACUAUAUUAAAAGACAAUAUAAGCUCUGAAUAUCUGAACUGCCAAUGCUCCAUGUUUCGAUGGCAAAAUGACGGUAUGUUAGUCCCGCUAGAAUAAUGGCCUUUAUAGACGCACAGUUUCUACCACAAAUUAUAGAAGUUUUUCGGGAAAACGUGUUUUUUAUAUUAUAUAAUAGAAUAAUAUUUAACGGUGUCUCUAAAUAUAUUGCAAUACGUUUUUUACAUUUAUAUUAUAGUACAAUAAUAAAUAUAAUAUUAACUUUUAAAUUAGAUGCGUCGUUGGUUUCAUGGGCGGAAACCGGUUGAGUCCAAAGAGAAAGAUUAAGCGAUUAUUAACAUCUUUCUACAUUGCAGCGUAAGGUCGACAAUUUUGAUUCAAUUAUAUCGGAAUUAAAUUACCGUAAAUUUCCGCCUAUGUACUUAAUCGCCUUAUAUAAAAUAUAUUAUAUACAUUUAUCGAAUUUUCGUAAUAAAAUUUAUUUGUGAUAGAUGAGUUUUAUAUAAUAUAUGUAUGUUAGUGCAUAUUGAGAAUUGGGAAACGUAAUUUAUAUGCGUAAUGAUAUCGCUGCUUCUGUUGAGUUAAUGCAAUUAAAUGAAUGAAUAAAAUUCAAUUAGGAGGUUCCCAUUAAUUAUGUGAGCGGUGAUUCUGUAAAUUUAGGCUGCCUCUCCCUACCCCUACCCUAGUUUUUGAGCUCGCGUAGUUAAUGAAUUCUUCCUGAGUACAUGACACCAUCCUAGUUGCGAGCAGGGUAAACUAUACAAUAUAUGGCACUCUAAUAUUAAAAUGUAAUAAUAUAUCGAAUUAAUUAUAUUAUUUCCAUGGUAAAUUAAAUAUCUAAUGGCUGGAAAUCUUUUGCUACCCCAUUUACGGCACUUUAUGAACAAACCACAAAAAACCGUUUGUCAUGAAAAUUUAAAAAAUGCGCGCGAUGUUGCCAAGAAAUUAAAAUAUUUUGCCAAAAUUUUUAUUACUAAAUUGGUCGCAGUUCUACACUGAAGUUUUAAAUACAUUAUUAAUCGCUGGAAGAGUGCCUAUAAUAGUAUUGUUUACCCUAUGUACGGUUUUAUACUUUUUUACCGGUCCAUACGCAAAAAGCCGUGCAAAAUGUUGAGCUAAACAAAUUAUGAAGUGCAUUUUUUUUACACAUACAUAUUUUCUACGAAUUAUUUAUUGUAUUAUUAUUUCAUUGUGUGUACUGGUUAUAUAAAAAUUAAUAUUUUUCAUUAAGUUUUCAAUACGAAUUGUUUAUAUGAGUUAUUUAAGUAUUUACCUAGAAAAAAAAUUUAGGAAUUAUUUGCGGAAUAUUUUCCCGUUCUAGACAUAAGUUUGCACAAAUAUCUAAGCAUUUAUUUUUAUUAUUUAGCAUUUAAUCUUUGUUCAUAUUAUGUCAACAUUGUAGAUUUGUUUGUAAUGAUCUGAAACCUCGGAUAAUUUUGUGUAAAUAAUACAUAUGUUUUUUUUUAAUGAAUAUCUGGAAGCCGUGUCAAAUUUAAAAUAAAUCCAUCCAAUUGUAAAUACAGUAAUUACUCUCAACAGAUAACAACACCUUAGAUUUUUUCGAGCUAGUAACACAAAAUAUCGACUGCCUUUAAAUAAAGUAAUUUUAAAUUUGACACCUUUUUCUUAAACGUUAUUACAUUUUCAAUACGUAAAUUGUGUGUAAUUAUUGUUUUUUUUUUUUUAAAUAUAACAUCAAUUAAUGAACAGUUAAUAGGUAUUUUAGAUAAAGAGGGCUCUAAUUGACUGGGUUUAUUUAAAUUCAUAUACCUGAAAAAGUUAUUCAUUUAAUUAAGUUUCAUUAAUAAACUAAGGAAAUUAAUAUAUCUAAAAGUUUAAGGAAGGGAUUCGUUGGUGUCACCAUGAUACAUUCAGACGCGCCUAACUGAAAAAAAAAAAGUUAAUCUGAGAUUCGUUUCACAAAAUGUAUUGGUGCUUUUAUUUUCAAUGAUCUUUUGUAUAACCUUUUUUGCAAUCUCAUGCUAAUCGAUUAUUUUUAAUAUCGAUUCACGUAAAAUUUAUUUUCGGCCAACACUAAUCGUAUCUGUAAUUAUAGAAAAAAAUACGUUUAGAAAUACUUAAUUUUAUACAGAAUAUAAGGCAAUGGAUUCGUAAUGUUUAUUAUUUAACCGCAGUACCGGUCCUGUAUUGAUAAUUUAGAAACGAACACACAAAAGUAAAGGUUAUCAUUUUGUAUAGUUAUUUGUAUGUGCUGCGUGUAUCUGAGAUUUACUCGAUUGAGCGCUGAUUUUUCAAGGCAUUAAGUAAAUUGUAAUCCGACCGAUUAUAAUUCAUGCAAUUAUUAUCAUUUUAUUCAUGUAAAUUUAUUUCUUUUAUUUGAGUCGUCUAUUAUCAAAGGUGGCAAAUCUGUGCAUUUGGACAAAAAAUGUUAUUGAUACGUCAAUACAGAUUGAUUUGAAUAUAAUCGUCUCCUUCAAAGAAUACGGUUCAAAACCUGCAUUAAAUAAAGUAUUAACUUAACCUGUUAUUUAUCUAAGAUGUCGUUCAGAAGAGUUUUGUGACUGCCAAUGGAAUACAAAGUCAAUAAUUCGUUUUUCUGAUUUACCAAUAAUUGUCCAAAAGUCACAUUGCCGGCUUUGAUAAUAGUCGACUCAUUUGUUCACAUAGUAUCCCUUCCUUUUUCUGGAAUGUUUUAUCUCUCUAUAAUUAUGUCCAUUGAAAAAUCAGUCUUCGAACAAUUAAGGGUUUCACUCGCAUGUACGCUAGCUUUAGUAGAUACAGUAUUCAGUGAUGAAAUAAACGAUCAUACGAUAAAUAAUAUAAAAAA